AUGACCCCAGAGGAGGAAGGCUCCCAGGCAGGACCCCCGGAGCGGGUGCGUAUCCGGGUGGAGGAGCAGUCAUUCUCGGUGGAGAAGUCCUUGCUGGUGGAGAGCAGUGAGUACUUCCGUGCCCUCUUCCGCUCGGGCAUGAGGGAGAGCACGCAGGAGGAGAUCGGGCUGGGGGAGCUGAGCGCAGCCGGCUUCCUCGCCAUGCUGCGGGUGCUGGCGGGCGAGAGGCCCAUCCUUGGCAGCGAGGAGACCUUCCAGGCAGUGGAAUGUGCUGCCUUCCUGCAGGUGAAGCCCUUGGCCAAGUACUUGAUCCACUCCAUCAACUCUGACAACUGCAUCCUCCUGUACCAAGCCGCUGCCAUCUUCGGCCUCCUGGAUCUCUUCCACUGUGCUGCACUCUACAUCAGGGACAGCUACGCUGAGCUGGAGGAGUACCUGGACUGCCUCUCCGAUGACCUGCUGGCCUAUGUGGAAGCCCUCCUACCCAGCACCUUUGUGGCAGUGGGAGCCCACACACCCACCUUCGAGUUCCUGGAGGACCUCUCCAGGACCAUCUGCUACCUGGACGAGGAGACCAACACGUGGAGGACCCUCUCCUGCCUUCCGCUGAGCGCCAGCACAUUCCUAGCCGGCAUGGCAACCAUGGAUAAUAAGAUCUACAUCGUGGGUGGUGUCUACGGGGCCAACAAGCAGGUGGUGGAGAGCAGCUUCUGCUACGAUGCUGAUGCCAACGCCUGGAGCCAGUUCCCCAGCCCCCACCAGCUGCGCUACGAUGUCAGGCUGGUGGGCCACGAGGGCUACCUCUAUGCCAUUGGUGGCGAGUACGAGAAGAUCUCGCUCAAGUCCGUGGAGAGGUACGACCUGGCCUCCAGCACCUGGACGUUCGUCUCUGACCUGCCGCAACCGAGCACGGCAGCGCCCUGUGCCCAGGCCCUGGGGCAGAUCUUCGUUUGCCUGUGGCAGCCACUGGACACCACUGUCAUCUACGAGUACGAGACCCAGCAAGACGUGUGGCUUCCCGUCACCGAGCUCAAGCGGCACCAGAGCUACGGGCACUGCAUGGUGGCCCAUCGUGACAACCUCUACGUCAUGCGCAACGGCCCCUACGACGACUUCUUGCGUUGUGUCAUCGACUGCUUCAACCUGACAUCGCGGCAGUGGAGCGCCCUGCCCGGGCAGUUCAUGAACAGCAAGGGAGCUCUCUUCACCGCCGUCGUCAGGGGUGACACCAUCUACACCGUCAACAAGAUGCUGACGCUGCUCUACUCCGUGGAAGAGGAGACCUGGAAGCAGAAGAAGGAGCGGGCGGGUUUCCCACGCAGCGGCUCCCUGCAGACCUUCCUCCUGCGGCUGCCACGGCGUGACCAUGACAUCGCGACGUAGCUGUCCCCAUCCCAUGUCAGGAUGCUCUCCUUGCACGUGGCCUCAGCUCUGCACUCGCUGCUCCCCUGGGCUCCUCUCCUCCUCCACGGAGCUGUGCUCAGGUCCAG